UCUUUUUUUUUACUUUCUUUUUUCUUCUUCACAAAAAUGACUGACCAGACAGACGAAGGUUAUGUAGAACAAAGGUUUGAAGAACCUUAUUUUAUGAAAGACUGGACAGACGACCAAAAAGCAGAAUUUGCCUAUCAACUCUUGUCACUGAUGCCAGUAUCAAAAACAAUACAAGUUGUUGAACGAUUAUCACCUCUUUUACAUAGAGACUAUAUUUCUGUAGAGUGUAUACUGUUUAGAAUUCAUUACUGAUUGUCUAUAGUCAUUGCCUUAUGAAAUUGCAAUUCAAAUUCUUUAUUAUCUCGAUAUUACUUCACUCACCUGUAUUUCAAGAGUCUCGAAACGAUGGAAAGUGUUGAGUGAAGACC